GGCUGCGGUGGGGUGGGGUUCCUGGUGCGGCGGUGAGAUGGUGUCGUGGGUCAUCUCACGCGUUGUCGUGUAGAUGGAGAAGUACCGCAAACGAUAAAAACAGGACAUAAAUAAUUUCUGAAGGGGUUUGAUUAAAAUUGUCAGCAACUCAGGAAAUAUGUGCUUCAGACUGAGGUUGAUAUUUGGAAUGCUGUAUCCUGCUUAUUAUUCAUACAAGGCUGUGAAGACAAAAAAUGUGAAGGAAUAUGUUCGAUGGAUGAUGUACUGGAUUGUGUUCGCUCUUUAUAGCGUUAUUGAAACAAUAGCAGACCUAAUGGUUUCAUGGCUUCCAUUGUAUUAUGAAUUGAAGAUUGCUUUUGUUGUAUGGCUGCUUUCUCCGUAUACUAGAGGGGCAAGUUUAAUCUAUAGAAAAUUUCUCCAUCCUCUACUUUCUUCCAAAGAGCGGGAGAUUGAUGAAUACAUUGUGCAAGCCAAAGAACGAGGUUAUGAGACCAUGGUGAAUUUUGGGAGGCAAGGUUUAAAUUUGGCAGCUACUGCUGCAGUUACUGCUGCAGUAAAGAGUCAAGGUGCAAUAACUGAAAGGCUGAGAAGUUUCAGUAUGCAUGAUUUAACAGCUAUUCAAGGAGAUGAGCCUGUAGGACAGAGACCCUAUCAGACUUUACCAGAAACCAGAAAGAAAACCAAAAGUUCAGUCAGUGAAUCUCUGGGUUACAGGAUUCAAUUAGAGAGAAAUUCUGGAGAUGAUAAAACUGAUGAGGAAAUGGAGGGGACACAUUCAGAAGAUGAGAUGUUUGCUCAGAGGGGCCUUCGAAGAUCUCAGAGCAUGAAAUCUGUAAAAAGUAUUAAAGGCCGCAAAGAGAUACGCUAUGGCUCAUUAAAAUAUAAAGUGAAGAAGAGACCUGCGGUGUAUUUUUAAGUGUAUUCCACUAAUAUCUGAAGAUAGUUGCUGUAUUUUAGUAACUUGAUUUCAGCGUAUCAAAUAUCCAGGAUUUUUAUAUAUGAGAGCGGUAAACAUGGUGAUAGGACUUAGUUUUAUCAGUCUAAAUAGCUGAAUAUGCUACUCUCUCUGCUUUUGUUUAAUUGCUUAUCACUUGGACAUGACUCUUACAUUUGACUAGGUCAGAUUCAAAGUUUCCACAUUUAUUAAAUUUUGUAAGAAAUUAAGUGAAUGACAAAGUGAAGUCUGACUUUCAAAGGUAGUGAGCUGCUACUACUUCCAUUACCAUCAGUUGAAGUUUUAGGUAUUCAGAACUUAAUGAAAAUUAAGCCCAUUCUGUCCCCUAGUUUAAUGAAAAAGAUGUACUAGGAUUUCUGAAAAAGCCUUUAUAUUGGCACAGAAUGUGCAGUUUAAGGAACAAUAGAUAAGGAUGCAGGAAGGAAAAAGGGAAAGACAUUUAAACUUGGCAUGUCCUCAAAGAACCUUCUGUUAUAUUUCUGAGCGGUAACAUAAUUACAUUUUAAACAUUAUUUGGUGCAAACCAGGUGUUCACACAGCACUUUAUCUGUACAGAUUUGCACAGUUGUUUACUAAUUUACAGCUGUACAUGUAAUAUUAGUGAUAUUUUUUAAAGUUAGAUGAGUAGUUGGUUUGUAGUAGGUUUUGUGUUUUGUUGUUGUUUUUAUUCCAGUAGUUAAAUCCUUGUAUUGUCAUCUGUUUCUUCUGCAUCUCCCAUGUGCUUUAAUUAAUUGUCACUGUUUUAAGAACUUGGUCAGGUGCCUUUUUGCUUUUUAGGAAGUACUUUUCCUCAAGCACAUUCAAAUAUAAUGCAAUUUAUUUGUAAUUGUUUUCAAUUUCAGGUUGUGGUAGGAAAAAGAUUAUAGCAGUUACUUGGUAUUGGAGACCUGAGUUGUGAUCUGCAACUCAAACUGACAUGAAUAGCUUCUCAGAAAUGAAUUGGAACCGGAGAUUUACUAGGUUUGUGUUAGAUUGUUUAUUUGGUGUCCUGCAUGGGUUCCGAUUAGUCUUUAGAAUUUGAUUAUAUGCUUUUCCUUAAUUUCUUUAGCAUUCUUCAGUUAUUAUGAAAGCACGUGCAUAAAUUUUCAGAUCUGUUUUCCAGCUAAUUCACUACUACAACCAAGUGUCUGAUAUUGCAGCUGCUUAUACAGUAGUGACUUUGGAUUGUUGCAUGACAUGAGGCUGAUUCUGAAGAAACUUUUUUUACACCAAUAUCUCUAACCAAUAGAGACAGGAAAACACUAUGUACAAUUGUGAAGUUUGUAUACAUAUCACUAUCUUUUAAAAGGCUACUGUCUUAAGAUCAUGCCAAUAUAUAUCUCUGCUAUAUAGAUCUACUCCAAAUAUGAUAAAUCUAAGCAAAGGCUAGAAGUGCACCGAUAUAUCCGUUGCCUAUUGGAUCGGCACCAAUAAAAGGGGAAAUGACAUCAGCUAUUGGCUUUUUUUUUUUUGUGUCAUCAUAGCCAAUAAUGUUUACUUAUCAUUAUUACUUCUGGCUAGGGUCCUGGACACUUGUGUUCCCUCUCCCUCAUGGGGUCAGAGCCCCUGAAUACCUGGGUUCUCUUAGCCUGCAAGGGGUCCUGCCUGGGGCUGCCAGGAGUGAGAUACAGAGGGUGCAGGGAGUGAGAUACAGGGGGUGCUGUGUGCAUGUGCACAGCUGCAUGCAUGCAUGUGGCCAGGAAUACAGCCUGACAGUUUGGAGAGCAGCUCCUUGCAGGUAAGUCUCUGGAGGGGAAGGGGCAUGGGGCGGCAGAUCGAGGCCCCCACAGUGAGGGAGAGAGCGAGGCAGGGGCUGGGGGCUCUGCUCAGCUAGGGCAGUGCAUGGGACAUAGGGCCAGGGCAUGGAGCAGGACUGAGCCAUGGGCAGAUUGGUGGGGGGGGGGGCAGCCCCCUCCACUGUAUGCGGCCCCUGGAGGAGAUAUGGGAGGGGCAUGUGCACCCCCAAAUUGUGUGUGGGGUGGAUGUAGGCUGCUCACUGUGGGCUCAGGGCUCUGCUCUGCUUCCUUUUCCUCGGGAGCCCUGUGCCGGCCGUGCGCUUCCUGAGCACCUGGCAGCAGUAAGGGUGGCAAGUUGUGCCCCCCCUCGUCCCACUGCCGGGUGAGCAGGGGGCGUGCGGCCAGUGCGGGAUUCCUGGAGCAAAGGCAAUAGGAUGGAGAGCCCCGAGCCCUCGCCAGGCAGCCCAUAUUUGCCCUCACCCCGCUUGCAUCUGCUCCGCUUUAAAGCGCCUCCGUGUUUAAAAAUGGUGGCAGCAGCGCUUGAACUAAAGCUCAUUUGAUGAGCUUUAGUUCAAGCAUCCCCACUGCCAUUUUUAAAUGCUGGGAUGCUGAUACAUGUGGCACAGGAGGCUGCUGGAGUGCACCCAAAAAAAGUGUGUGUUUAUGUCAGUAAAAAUCAGUUAUCAGAUUGGCAUCGGCUGAUAUGUUUGGUUAAUAAUUGGCUAUCAGUAUCCACCAAGAAAUCAUUGCACCCCUAGCAGAGACUAUAUAAGAUGGUGUACUGUGUCACCAUUUGCGGGUAGGAGGGUUGCCUGUUUCUGAACAGCCAGCCCUGCCCAUCUGCUGCUGCUUCUGCUUGACUGGGGCAAAUGCAGAAAAAUAGUGGUGAAGCCGUUCUAGAGGUGCCCCAUGUAUCUUCACAACUACAUGACUGUGAUUGUUAUGGGUAAGAUGCAUGCUUGAGAAUGGAUACUGCUGGUAAUACUGGAGAUGCUGUGUUAGGCAUAUUCUAAGAGGGCUUUAAGAGCAAAAAAAUUUCUCUAGCUUUCCACUCAUUUACCAUCCUCGUGUACAAGCUCAACACAGCCUCUAACAGAUUCUUUAGGCCUGUCCUAAGAUUUUUCUGAUUUGGGCUGUUAUUACCACCAGAGCAGGUCUACUGGUAGAAGCAUCUUCUGGGUCAUUAAUAUAGAUUCAACACAAGCUGUCCCAUCUUGGUUUAAUCAGUGUCAAAGAUUUUCUCUGUGCAGGGUUACAUGAUACAGGGUGCAUCUACAUGAGACAUUUACUGUGGAGUGGACUAAUUAGCUCCACAGUAAAGUCUCUCAGCAUGUGUGGCUCAGUUAGGCUGCAGUAAACUAAUAAAAGCUGCUGUAGGUUAGUACUUGUAAACACAAGUACUAUCCUUUGGUGGCAUUGUUUAGUGCACAGCAACUUAUGUAAUGUUGAUGGGUCUGGUUGGGGCAUGAGGAUGCUUCAGUGAGAGGGCUUGCCUGCUGGCUAGCCCCGCACUGGAGCAACCUUGUGCUCCAGCCAGCCCCUCCACAGUAUGUUGAAUUGUGUUGGAGGAGCCCCGGGCUGGCAGGCUGGCCCCUGGUUCCUCUGCUAGCUUGGGCUGUUCCAAUCUCGCUCAUUGUACUGUGGUUCCAGGCACACAUGUAAGCACGGUACUUGGGAGCAAUAAACUCUGGGGCAGGCUGUGCUGGAGUUUAUUAUAUCGCACUAAUUGUACAAGUAGAUGCGCCUACAGUGGUUAAGUGUGGCUUGUUUAUAUUACUGUUACCUUAUGUAGAGCUGAAAUGGUGAGAAUUUAGAAGUCUAGUGGAGACACCUAACUGAGUGAAUACUAAAGCUCUGUUGUACAGGAAAAGUUUAAAAAAGACACUACCUUUUAGUUGGUAUCUGUAGCAUUCUAUAAGGUACUAAAAACACCAAGGUUGACACAGCUUCACUGAAAGAUUUCAUGAAGCAGUUACAAGGAAGCAAAAUGUAUACACCAUAUAUUAUUAGGACAUAGCUUUUUGUUACAAACGUUUUUUACCAUUCCCUUCUUUGUCAGUUCGUGUAUCAAGCCAGCUGCCAUGGUAUUUGAGCAUUGUUGGCAAGGAUUUAUCCCUUACAUCCUGUUAGAGUUAAAUUGUGCAGCAGAGACCUUAAUUUUUACACCUCUGGGCUGCAUGUGACCUGCAGGCUGUGGCCACCACCCCACUCCCUCAGUUGCUUCUGCCAUGGCAGCCAGGUUCUUUGAGCUCUCUCUGUCUCUCUCUGUCUCUCUCUUCCUCUCUUCCAGCUUCUAUUUCCUGUCCCUGCUUCUUGGGAUGGAGCAGUGUAGCAGGAGAGGGUAGCAUGUUGUGCAUGCACUGAGGAAGGGAGCUGGGUUGUUUGUGCUGCAUGCACAUGGCAAGAGGAUCUAGGCUGCUCACACAAGGUGGGUGGCGCACAUGGCCAGGAGUGGGGGUGGGUGCAGUGGUAGCAGACGUGCCUGUGUUGUGGGGGGAGGGAGAGAGGAGAAGGGUUGCCUCUACAACACACGAGGCCAGAAGUGGGGGAGCCAGGCUACCUGUAUGAUGCAAUGGGAGCUCUUGGGGGUGAGGGCUAGCUUGUGGCCCCCAGGCUGCCAUUUUUAGCACAGGGAUACUGAUACAUGUUAACUGGAGUCUGCUGGAUCAUGGUAAUUACCACAGUCCAGCAGACUCAAUUAAUUAUCAUAACUAUCAUAUCUACCACUCAUCCUGUUUUUUCAAUUAAUUGAGUCUGCUCUGACGCUAUGUGCAGCCUUGCUGCACGUGUAAAGAUGCACAUAGGUUCUUUGUACUUCAGUGCCACCACAGUCAAGUUAGUGUAGCUUUCUCUGUUUUGAUUUAGGUGUAUUAGCCUAUGACUGGCACUUAAGAAGGUAGGGGAGAUAUAGUAAAAUUGUUAUCAUUAGGAGACAUUAACCUGAUGAGGAAUGGCUCAUAUUCAAAAACUUUUCUAGAAGUCUACCCCAACCAUGCAGUUGGUCCAGUAAAAGCACCUGCAACAAUCACUGCCUCUUGAGAAAUUAACACCUUAUACAGGAGUGGCAGUUCUCACUUUUCAAGGCUUCUAAUUCAAGUUUUCUGCAGCCUCAUACGCAUUUUGAAGGAUCAUUCUCUUGAGCAUAACUGUACAGUCAUUUAAAUAAUAACAAUUCUGUUAUAUGUAGUUGCAGACUCCUGGUCAGUCUGCAACUACUCUGACUUACCAACUCAAUAACUCCAGAGGCCAUAUUGAUAGCAUUUCUUCUAUGAUGCAAGUUUUUCUACAAAUGUUUAGAUUAGGGGCUGAGAUUUUUCAAAGCAGUGCAAGGGUUUUAGCUGUAUGCCUUCUAUUUAAAAGUAACAAGGUAGCCUAGUGGCUCUGUUGUAUACACUGGCAGCCAAACAUGACGUUUUCCAUUGCAGAUGCAAACCUGGUGGAAGAAGAUUUAUUAACUUGUAUCUGUCAUUGUCUCUCACUGUCUAUGUCUUGCUCCUCACUCGUCUUUCCCCCGCCCCUGCAUAUUUACUUUUUUGUUUUUUACCACUUGAAUACCACAUUGCACUCCCAAUGAGCACAGCACCGUUGAGGAAUGGCUAUUUUACAGUUCAGUAGGAAAGAAUUUUAUGCGUGAUCUUGGUCAGUUUCAUUCCAGCAUCUUCCUUUUGAGUCUUUCCAACAACCUGAUACGUUCUUUACUAAUUCAUCCCAUACCUUGAAUCAUGUCUUUGGGUUAGUUGUGUCAUAUCUACCACUCAUCCUAUUUAUUACCUGUUUCCUUGCCAUGCUUGACAUUUGAUUGACCUCUUAUAUGAAACAUUAUGUUUUUUUUAAUCACGGUGUCCAGGGAAUUUUCAGAAUUUGGGCUAGCAACACUGAACAAAUAAUUUACAUAGUUCUAGCCAGCAGAUAUCCAAGAAAACGUUAAAUAAAGGUAGAUGUUGACUCCUAAGAUCAUUGUACUUCAUUUGGUAUGUUUCGGAAAUUAAAAUAUGUAAGCAAAAUAGCUCAAAUAAAUGCAAGAAGGCAUUUUCAGAGAACUCUGGCCCUUUUCUACUGCCUGGCACUAUUUAUAGUUUCAGCUACUUAAAGAUUGAAGUUUAUGAAAAGGUUCGAAACAUUUAGUCAGAAACAGUGAUGGAUUUUGUGAACUGUUUUAACUCUGUUGUCAAACAAAAUUUCAUCUUGAGUGUAUGUAAAACUAUCAGCUUCUACUUUUAAACAAGAAUGUGUUUAACUCUUUAGCUAUGCUGAUGAAAAGGUAAAGAUUUAUCUUUGCAAAUAUAUGUAGUUCAGAAUUUAAGAGCAAAGUAACUAACACUGCUAACAAAAUGGUCACUUUCUUCCCUACCUCUGAAGUGAUUAAAUAUUAUCCUAAACACACCACAAAAGUAACAAAUUUAAAUUGAUGAGCAUCACUGAGAAGCUUAAAAAUUAGGUAUAUUGAGUGGUAAAUUAAUACUAGAUAUAUUCAACAGUAGUAAUGUUGUGACACGAGAUGCAUUUUAUAGUUUGUUUUUAUCAGUUGAGGUGUCAGUAUUCUUAAAGUAUUUUUCUACAAAAGAUGCAUGUUCGUGAAGGUAAUAUUCAUAACACUUUCAAGGACUUUGCAGUGCUGCAGUUCCCCAGAUUUAGUCUACGUUGAGACUGAACAUAGUAGCUUUAAGAAUCAUAUAAUAUAAGCUUUAAUUUUUCUAUUGUACGAUUAACUUGCUGUCAACUUGUUUACAUAUUUGUAAAAGAAAAGCCUUUAGGAUGAUUCAUCAAUUUACCUUUAAUACCUGUUAAUAAAAUGCUAUUUUUUUAGCAGGAUACAAUGGGUAUCUUAUUACUAUGAGUGUGACUUUUAAAAAGUGUAAAAUAAAUAGCAGAUUUACUGGAAA